AUGAAGUCGUCGGUACAUGAACCGGUAGCCUCAGAAGAGGUUUCUGACAAGCUUGAUUCCCCCUGUCCAAUGGCACGCCGCCGAGCCUCGGAAGCUUUUGAUGCCUUGACAGCGGAACGUAUGGCUCGUAUUGAAGAGUGGGAAGCAUGGGAAGCCACUCAGCUAGAAGAGGAUCCCCUUCUUUCUCAACGCUUGUAUUCGCCUGGAGAAGCCAAUGAAGGGGAGGAGUUCUGUGAUGGCAGUGAAGACUAUCAGUACUGCAACAAGAUCCAUGGUCCAUGGGGAGACAGUAUCCCCCAGAAUGAAACAUACUGCCUCUGGGCAAUCCUCGAGUUCCAAGACCCACUUUUCUUUGGAUGGGGAGUUGAUGAGGGUAAUACGAGUGCUUUCAAUGGCAUUUUUCAGGCUACUAUCGGAAGUGUUAUCCCUUUCAUGGAACAAGGUCAGGUUAUGUAUAUUGGCGCGACUGGAGGGGUCGCAAUGAAUGAAUCCCAUUCAGUUCCUUGGCCAACCGCUUCCAUUAUUUGGGCAGAUGGUAACAAGUACGGAAAGGGUUGGAUCGAAGGUGUUCAUCGUGCACAGCAAAGUGCUGGCUACGGUUUUGGUUUUGCUGGUCAUGUUCACUUCAAGGCUGUCGUUUGUGAUGAAGUAGAUCCCAUGCUUGCGAAGCACGGUCUCUUUAACGAGUCCACGAUGGAGGACAUGUGGACUGCAGAGAGAUUUGUAUCAGGAACUUAUGGAUUCCGUAAUUAUUGGAAUGCCUUUGCCGAAAUGGAGGAUCACAGUCCUACAUUCUAUGAUGCAGCAAGAUCAUGUACAUUGGCACCUUGUCCUCUGGAGUCUGGGACUGAUGUUGAGAGUGAUGGUGAUGCUGAAAAUUUGAUGGAAAGCGAUGGUGAUGGAGACCAAGUUGAGGAUGGUGGCAAUGCCACAGAGGACGGAGGUGCAGAAAGCGAAUCUGGUGAGGCAAGUGGAGGUGACGAAGACAAGGAAGAUGCCGGUACAUCUGCUGGACUCUCAAUUGGGGCUGUGAAGAGCUUUGGAUUUUUGGCAAUUGCCAGCGUUGCCUCCUUUAUUUUGAUUUAG